AUGCAGCAGCGCGCCCUUUUUAAAUGCAUCGUGCCCAAGGGACUUGCACAAGCACAAUCUGACUGCAUCUCACACGAACUGGAUUCGAUUCUACGCCGACACUCCAACGAGAGAACGCUCAACUGUCCACAUUGCCCCAAAGCAUUUGCCACCAAGGAUAAUCUGCAGAAGCACAUACGCCGUCAUUCAAGUGAACGGAAUCUAGUUUGUCCGCAUUGCCCCAAAGCAUUUGCCACCAACGAUAAUCUGCAGAAGCAUAUACGUCGUCACUCCACCGAACGCACACUCCACUGUCCCCAUUGUCCCAAGGCCUUUGCCACCAAUGACAACCUUCAGCGUCAUAUACGUGGUCACUUGGGCGAGCGACCUUUUAAGUGCUCGUGCUGCUCAAAGUCCUUUGCACAAAACCGAGAUCUCAAAGCACAUAUUCUGGAGCACACUGGACUAAAGCCCUACAAAUGCCCACAUUGUCCCAAGGCCUGUGUGCGUAGCGAGGGACUCAAGAAGCAUAUACAGCGACUGCACAAGGACCAGGAGCCGGUGCAGACACAUCCAAGUGUGGCUAGAUGGCAGACUCUAGCUCAAAAAACCUUUGAUACCAGCAACACAGUUAUUAUGUAUAAAUAUGAUCUGGCUAAGCAGACGCUCAUUCCUGCUGGAGAGGCAUAAGCAAGCAGCAGUCUUUGCCCUGAAUUGUGAUCUCGGGGCGUGAGGCGGUAAUGAUUCCAAUAAUUGGAUAAACAGCUUGGUAAUAUUAUUUAUGUAGUCUGUCCAAGCUGCGUAACUAAGGAACAUGACAUUAUCAAACUAAGUUUAGUUUUAAUUAACAAGAGACUAAAGAUAAACAAAACUUAAUGUAGUUGUAUGUGUAUAAAAUAAUCUAGUGCUUAAAUGUUGUGAAUAUUCUGGGCCUAUGCAAUAAUAUAUGCCAGUUUCUGAGUAAAUGUGUUACUUUAUUCGAUGCCUUACUAAAUAUAAAUCAAAAAUCGUUUGUUGAAGGUACAGUAUGAUAAACAAUUAAGUAUUGCAUUUGUA